UUUCAUCUCUUGAAUUGGAUCAGUCGAAAAAUAUUUAAAUACUCCCCCAUUUUCGUACUUCGUUGGAGAAAAGGACUCCAAAAAUUCCAAAAGCAAAUCGGAGAGCCCAAAAAUUUUAGGGUUUUUCUAAUUUCAAAAUCAUCGAAUCUCAGCCGAAGAAAUUAAUCGAAACCUAGCUUUCUCAUUGUUCCAGAACAAAUCUUAUCUCAGUCGCCUUUUCAUAUCAAUUCCAGAUUUUUGCAAAGAUGACUCAAGAUAUUGAGAUGAAAGAGCAACAACCAGCACUCUCUAACUCACUCUCCACCACUGCUCCCUCAACUUUUCAGAAUUUGAAGGAGAUAGCGGCAUUGAUUGAGGUGGGAGCAUAUGCCCGCGAGGUGCGGAGGAUUGUGAGGGCAAUUCGGUGGACGAUCCAGUUGAGGAGAAAGCUAAAGGCAUCUGUCCUUUCUGCAUUUCUCAAUCAUGUUCUUGUCCCUGGAUCUGAGUUACAGUCUCGCUUGUAUUCUCACCUUCCCAAGGAGGAUGAGCAGGAUAUGGAACUGGAUACCGCAACAUCUGCAACUCAAGCUCCUGCAAAACACCCUUUACCAGAACUUGAAGUCUAUUGCUGUUUGCUUGUUCUAAUAUUUCUGAUUGAUCAGAAGAGAUACAGCGAGGCCAAGGCCUGUUCUUCGGCAAGCAUUGCUCGUCUAAAGAACCUGAAUAGGCGAACUGUUGAUGUUCUAGCAUCCAGGAUCUACUUUUACUACUCUCUAAGCUAUGAACUUACUGGUGAUCUUGCUGAAAUUCGGGGUAAUCUGCUGGCAUUACACCGGACAGCAACAUUGCGCCACGAUGAGUUGGGACAGGAAACACUUCUCAAUCUGUUACUGAGGAAUUACCUGUGUUACAACUUAUACGAUCAAGCUGAAAAGCUCAGAUCAAAGGCUCCGCGGUUUGAAGCUCACUCUAAUCAGCAGUUUUGCCGGUACCUCUUUUACCUUGGAAAAAUUAGGACAAUUCAGUUGGAAUAUACUGAUGCUAAAGAGUCCCUCCUCCAAGCCGCCAGGAAAGCACCUGAUGCUGCUCUUGGAUUCAGAGUCAUAUGCAACAAAUGGGCUGUAAUUGUCAGAUUAUUGCUUGGAGAGAUUCCUGAAAGAACUAUUUUUAUGCAGAAAGGAAUGGAAAAAGCUUUGAGGCCAUACUUCGAACUUACAAAUGCUGUUCGAGUUGGAGACUUGGAAUUGUUCAAAAAAGUUGCCGAUAAGUUCUCCAAUACAUUCAGCUCAGACCGGACUGACAAUUUAAUUGUUAGGCUGCGUCAUAAUGUCAUUAGGACUGGGCUCCGCAACAUCAGUAUCUCAUACUCCCGGAUCUCUCUAGCUGAUGUGGCAAAAAAGCUGAGAUUGGAUUCUCCAAACCCCAUAGCUGAUGCUGAGAGUAUUGUAGCCAAAGCAAUUCGAGAUGGUGCAAUUGACGCCACAUUAGAUCAUGCUAAUGGAUGGAUGGUGUCAAAGGAGACGGGGGAUAUCUACUCUACGAAUGAGCCUCAGGUUGCUUUCAACUCGAGGAUUGCUUUCUGCCUGAAUAUGCAUAACGAUGCAGUGCGUGCCCUUCGAUUUCCACCUAAUUCCGACAAAGAAAAGGAAAGUGCUGAGAAGAGAAGAGAGAGACAACAGCAAGAGCAAGAGCUUGCCAAGCAUAUAGCUGAGGAUGACGACGACGACUUUUGAUGAUUAUUGGCACUUGAUUGCGCACCUUACUAUCAAAUUUCCUUGCAAGGAUGUUUAAAUUUUCUGAGACUGCGACUUUGUGUUCCAUUGUUCAUUUAAGUCCAAUUAUUUGUUUAACCAUUUUGUAUUAAUUGUGGAAUCAUGCCCUCUUGAUUUGUUUUCCUCUAAAAAAGUCUACUUUCUGAACUUGCUGAGUU